GCUGCGCGCGCGGCGGUGUUUGAAUGGCUCUUAGUGGGGCUCGGCCCUGCAGUUGAGGGACGCUCUAGGCUGUCCAGCGGCAGUUUGCCAGCGCCGGCGCUGGGGUGAGGCGCCGCGGUACCAUGAGGCGCCGGUAUUUAAGAGAUUAUGGCAUCUGAAACUCACAAUGGUAAAAAACGGAACUUUUAUAAUAUUAUUGAGGAUCAUUCUAUUGAUCUUCCUAGAAAAAAGAUCUCUAAUUUCACUAAUAAGAACAUGAAGGAGGUUAAGAAAUCUCCAAAACAGUUGGCUGCUUAUAUAAAUAGAACAGUUGGACAAGCUGUGAAAAGCCCAGAUAAACUACGAAAGGUGAUCUAUCGCAGAAAGAAAGUUCAACAUCCUUUUCCAAAUCCUUGUUACAGAAAAAGACAGUCCCCUAUAAGUGGGGGCUGUGACAUGGCAAAUAAAGAAAAUGAACUGGCUUGUGCAGGCCACCUGCCUGAAAAAUUACGCCAUGAUAGUCGAACAUAUUUGGUUAAUUCCAGUGACUCUGGUUCUUCACAGACAGAAAGCCCAUCAUCUAAAUACAGUGGGUUUUUUUCUGAGGUUUCUCAGGAUCAUGAAACAAUGGCCCAAGUUUUGUUUAGCAGGAAUUUGAGAUUGAAUGUAGCUUUAACUUUCUGGAGAAAGAGAAGUAUAAGUGAACUUGUAGCUUAUUUGGUGAGGAUAGAAGAUCUUGGAGUUGUGGUAGAUUGCCUGCCUGUACUCACUAACAGUUUACAGGAAGAAAAACAAUAUAUCUCACUUGGCUGCUGUGUAGACUUGUUGCCUCUUGUAAAGUCGUUACUUAAAAGCAAAUUUGAAGAAUAUGUGAUAGUUGGUUUAAACUGGCUUCAAGCUGUAAUAAAAAGGUGGUGGUCAGAACUAUCAUCCAAAACAGAAAUUAUAAGUGAUGGAAAUAUUCAGAUUUUAAAACAACAAUUAAGUGGCUUGUGGGAACAAGAAAACCAUCUUACUUUGGUUCCAGGAUAUACUGGUAAUAUAGCUAAGGACCUCCAGCAGCUCAUCAGGAUCUUUACCAGUCGAUCUGGCAUGGAAGUCAUUGCUGAAUAAUGUGAUAGAACAGCCUGAACAAACUAAUGCUGAUUGCUGAAUACUGUUACCACUCUUCUGUGUGAUGUUAUGAUAUAUGCCUUCACCACUGGAGAACUAUUUUCUCUGAUUCUAGAAGGGCGUUCUGGCCUUGGAUAUAAAAUCAGUCUCCCAAAUCUUGGAUUUCCAAAUCUUGGGACGGCUAUGUGGCCUAGAAUGUGACACAGGUGGCCAUUUCAGGCCUUUUUUUUUCUUCUCUCUCUCUGUGAAAUGAUCUCGCUAUACAAUUAUAGGAGAGUUUAUUUCUGAGUAAGCAAUGUAAACAAAUGAAGAAUGGGAGAGUCUGGAGAAAAUUAAAAUAGAUAAAACAUUUGAUUAUAGCAUACAUAAUGGAAACACUUGUGUGUUCCACCCACCCCUGGAGUAAAAUAUUAGUUGCAUACAGCUCAUUAAAUUGAUCCUAUUUCUAAUCCCACAUUAAUCAUAGCAAGAUCACACUGAAAUAAUCUAGUGACUAGUCACUGUAAUAAUAAUAGAACAUCCAUUUAUGGAUUGUUUUCCACUUGCCUAUAGCUUAUGCCAACUGCUUCAUUUACACUAUCUCAUUUAAUUCUUUUAACAACGCUAUGACAUGAAUAAGCAAUUCUUUUUUCCACAUGAGGAAAUUGAGGGUUAGCAAAGUGAAGCCACUCAGUCAAGCUGUCAUGGUUAAUAACUGUCAUAGCCAGGAUUCAAACUCUGGUUUGUCUCCUGCACUAUUUUUAAGUGUUCAGUAGCACCAGGACACAAAUGUAUUAGUGUGAACAUUUAAUUUCUGCUUCUGGAAAGUUGCUAAUGACUGAGCCAUGUAGG